AUGGUCCUCAUUGACGACAAGGAUGUGCUCAGUCCAGAGGAGUCGCGCUUGAGAGAAGACCGGCAACGCACAAAGUACUGGAAGAAGUGGGGUCCAUAUGUGGCAGAGCGACAAUGGGCGACAGUCCGUGAGGACUACUCCGCCGACGGCAAUGCCUGGGCCGACUUCACCUACGACAUGGCUCGCAGUCGCGCCUUCCGCUGGGGCGAGGACGGCAUUGCUGGCGUCUCUGACACUCACGGCCGCAUGAACAUUGCCUUCGCCUUCUGGAACGAGAAAGAUGGUCACCUCAAGGAGCGUUUGUUCGGUCUGUCAAACCCGCAAGGUGUGCACGGCGAGUCGAUCAAGGAGGCCCACUUUCACCUCGACAACACGCCCACCCAUUCCUACAUGAAGUUCCUUUACAAGCUACCCCAAAAGGCUUUCCCGUAUGAGGACAUCAUUGAAGAGAACGCUCGUCGAUCAAAGCAGGAGCGAGAGUACAACCUCGUCGAUACCGGCAUCUUCAACGACAAUCGGUAUUGGGACUGCUUCAUUGAGACCGCGAAGGAAGGCGACAACCCAGAUGAGCUACUGUUCCGUGUGACGGCCUACAACCGUGGUCCGGAUCAUGCCAAGCUGCACAUCCUCCCGCAUGUGUGGUUCAGGAAUACCUGGGCUUGGGGCUACGAUGACUAUAAGCCCAGCGUCAAGCAGAUCGACGCGCUGCAGUGCGAGAUUGACCACCGCGAGCUCGGUAAGCACUACUUCCAGUGCUCGCCCUCGCCGAAUAGUUGCGGCGGCCAGGACGACGUGGAGCCCGAGUUCCUCUUCACGGACAACGACACCAACGAGAUGGAGCUAUGGGGCGCAAAGUCCAACAAGACACAAUAUGUCAAGGACGCCUUCCACAAGCGAGUUGUCAAAGGCGACAAGAAGGCCGUCAACCCGAAGAAGACCGGCACGAAGAGCUGCGCUUGGUUCGCUUUCAACCAGGGCGAGGGUGUCGCGCCCGGCGAGUGCGCUGUCAUCCGCUUCCGCAUCUCAAACACGCGCAACGAUAGCUAUCUCGACGAGGAGCAGUUCGACGACGUAAUGGACCAGCGUAUCGCCGAAGCGGACGAGUUCUACUUCAAGAUUAACCCGAUGCCGAUGGCCGACGACCUGCGCAACAUCCAGCGCCAAGCCUUUUCCGGCAUGCUCUGGUGUAAACAGUACUACCACUUCAUCUGGGAUCAGUGGGCCAACGGUGACCCAGGCAUGCCACCACCGCCACCAGAACGGAAAGCGAUCCGCAACUCUCAAUGGAAGCACAUGCACCUUGACGAUAUUCUCUCGAUGCCCGACUCCUGGGAGUACCCAUUCUUCGCCGCCUGGGACUCAGCUUUCCACUGCAUCCCCAUUGCAAUCAUCGACCCGGACUUCGCCAAAAAGCAACUUGAUCUCUUCACUCGCGAGUGGUACAUGCACCCCAACGGCCAGCUACCGGCCUACGAGUGGAACUUUAGCGACGUCAAUCCUCCCGUCCACGCCUGGUCGACGUUCCGGACAUUCAAGAUCGAGCGCAAGAUGUACGGUCGUGAGGACCUCGACUUCCUUGAGCGCGUCUUCCAAAAACUACUAAUGAACUUCACCUGGUGGUGUAACCGCAAGGACACCGACGGGAAAAACGUCUUCGAAGGCGGCUUCCUCGGACUGGACAACAUUGGCCUCUUCAACCGCUCCGACCCACUGCCUACGGGCGGCACGCUCGAGCAAGCCGACGCCACCGGCUGGAUGGCCUUCUACGCUCUGAGCAUGCUCAACAUUGCCCUUGAGCUCGCCAAGCACCGCCGCAUCUACGAAGACAUCGCCUCCAAGUUCUUCGAACACUUCAUCCUCAUCUCCGACGCCAUGCAAUACCGCAAAGGCAGCGAAGCCAAGUCGCUAUGGAAUGAAGAGGACGGCUUCUACUACGACGCCAUCACUUGGGGCCACGGGUGGACGCACCAGAUGCCUAUCCGGUCGCUGGUGGGUCUGAUCCCGAUGUAUGCGACGCUCACGCUUGAGCCGCAGGUCAUUAACCGUUUCCCGGCCUUCAAGAAGCACGUGGAGUGGUUCAUCCAGAACAAGCAUGAUGUGGCCGACCGAAAUCUGGCGAGUAUGAAGCGACGCGGGAAAGAUUCGAGGUUACUGUUGUCGCUUGUCAAUGAGGACAGGCUAAGGUCGAUUUUGAAGUAUAUGUUGGAUGAGACGGAGUUCCUGAGCGAUUACGGCAUCCGAUCAUUGUCGAAGUACCACAAGGACCAUCCUGUCUCCAUGGAGGUCAAUGGGCAGAACUACUCGGUCAGCUACGUUCCUGGCGACUCGGACAGCGGCCUCUUCGGCGGCAACAGCAACUGGCGCGGUCCCAUCUGGAUUGCGGUCAACUUCCUGUUGAUCGAGUCGCUUCUGCGCUUCUACAUGUUCUACGGCAAUACGUUCAAAGUCGAGUGUCCGACCGGUUCCGGCGACGAGAUGCAUCUGGGUCAUGUGGCGGAGGAGCUCCAGCAUCGGCUGCAGCAUCUCAUGGCGAUCAACAAUGAAGGUCGUCGCGCCAUACACGAUGGUAACGAGAUGCUCGAUCAUGACGCGAAUUGGAAGGACCAUCUUUGGUUCUACGAAUUCUUCGAUGGCGAUACGGGACGCGGGCUUGGUGCUAGUCAUCAGUGCGGUUGGACGGGUCUGAUGGCGAAGAUGAUCCACGAUACUGGCGUCAACUGCCGCCUCCCCCAAACCCCACGCACGCCCACCCAAGCCGCCUCUCACUACUUCGACGACACCUUCAGCCGCCAACGCCGCGCCUCCCUCGGCGGCGCCAACCGCAACCGCCCCGGCCCCGCACGCUCCAUGACCCGCACGCGCUCCAUCGGCGCUAGAAGCGACUGGGGCGGCAGCACCAACGGAGAAGCGACCUCGCAGAACGGCGACGAUGACGGAGCCAGUACGAAUGGUGUCCCCACGCCGGCCCGGACUUGGUCGAUCUACAAGGAGGAUGAUGCAACGAGUGCUGGCGACCAUCAUGCGAACCAUGUGCACGACGACCCGGAUGAUCCGAUUAACAAGUUUGUGCAGGAUCAGCUGCAGAGGAUCAAGAGUGAGGAGGGCAGGGAGUAUUCGGAGGAGUUGGCUGCGCAGAAUGAUGGGGCUGGGGAUGAGUUGUGA